AUUUGAGUGUCGUGUCGGAACCUAUCAGCGGCCAGUAACUCAGGAUGAAGUUCAAAACGUCCGCAUUCACGGCAUGGACGAUCCUCUCGCCCUGCCAAGGGGCGUCGAGCUUCGUGUGGAGCCAGAGCUCCACGUUGUCCUUGCCAGAGAACGACGACAUACUAACACUGCUGCGCAGGGCCAGAACAGAUAAAUUAUUUCAGGCUCGAAAAACGCGGCGAAAAACACGAGAGGCUUUCGAGACAUGUCCAAAGGAAAAGGCCAUGUAAUUAAUAACAACCUGAAUGAGCACUUGGCCCUGCUGAGAAAAACCACCUCCAAGGCACCCAAUGUCCGGACACUCCAGGCCUCCUGUCUCCCGCUAUGGUCGAAACACCUGGAAACCGGAGACGCGGUCGUCUCCAUCUGCCGAGAAUACGUCCAGCGCUCGAAGGACAAAGACCCUACAAAAUUUUUCAUGAACGCACUGGGCGCUUCAGAACGGGCCUGCAAAGACGCGCCAAGCCGAGACAAGUCGAGCCCCCUCGCCACCGAGGGCGGCGGAAACGGAGCGCCGGGGAAAACGGCCGCCGACGCGAGCUCCAACGCCCUCCGAGCGACCGGAGCGGCGCCUCGCGGAGAGAAGAAAAUGGCUCGCGAAGCGAACUCGGAACGCGGCGAGCGGACGGCGCUGGCGAACCGGGACGACGACGUCAUUUUCGCCGGCUCUCUCGAGGAGAUAGACGAGCUGGUGAAUCUCGGCGAUCUGGAGUUCGUCGCGCCCGGCGCCGAAGGGUUCGCGGAGUCGAAGGAGAAGGGCGCGGCCGCGCACUACGAAGACUUGGCGGAGCUCGUAGACUCGGAGGAAUGCGUCGCGGUCUACGGGAACGACUUGAAGAAGAGAACCAGAGAAUCGGACGAGGCGCAAGUGAAGAGGUAUUGCUUGCCCAGAGUCGGGCAGACGCACGACAUGGCGACAGAGGAUACGAGGAUGGACGUGGAGGAAGAGCUGGGCGGCGGCGAAGAGUCUUCGGAGUCUCACAGGAUGGAAGAGGACAUUCCGUUCGAAGAGAUAGAGAAAAUUGAGCGAGAUUUUAGAAAAUCGGCCGCGGGUCACGUUCCUUUGGAGCUCAAGUCCCUGAGCGAGUUGCUGGAUCUCCAUGCGAGCUACUCCCUCGAGAAGCUCAACGUGGAGCAGGAGAAGUGGAAGGUGGUGGAUCGGGGCAAGUCGGCGCAGCUGGAGAGCAGAGUGGUCGAGUUGCAGGAGGAGAUCGACCGGGUUAGGUGCGAGAUCGAGAGGCGCAAGUGCGAAGAAGAGAGUGGAGCGAGUCUCGCGAGGAGCAGGAACUUCGCGGCGAAUUCUGGCCGACAGAGAGACGUGGAGGUGCUGUCGGGGGAGAUCAGAGCGGGGAGACAAGGAGUCAGCGUCUUGAACAACGGGCCGGCCGAGACAAUGGCGCCGGCGCUGCCGAUUCACUAUAUUUCGGACGAGAGCUUUUCGCUGAUUCAAGACCAGGGCUACGAGGACUUGGAGUGGGAGGAGGGCAUCGGGAUGGCGCUGAGCGAGGGAGGAGAAGAGGUCGGCGCGGCAGACGAAAGUUCUGUCGCGCGCCGCGGCGAAGCAAAGAGCUCGUUUGUCUCGGUGCCGAGAGGCAGUCAGACGGAAUUCAUCAAGAUUCCGCCUGUGCGCGGCUUCGAAAUAGAGCAGUACGACCCGAUCACGUCGCUCAAGUCCAGGUGGCAUUCCGAGGGGUACCCGUGGUCUCGCCAGGUCGUUUCCAAGAUCAAGGAGGUCUUCGGCCACCAUAAGUGGAGAACCAACCAGCUCGAGAUUAUCAACGCGGUCAUGUCAAAGAAGGACGUGUUGGUGACGAUGCCCACGGGAGGCGGCAAGUCGCUCUGUUACCAAGUACCCGCGUUGGUGUUACCCGGCGUGACGGUCGUCGUCGAGCCGCUGAUAUCGUUGAUCGAGGACCAGGUGAUGAUAUUGGAGGGCCUGGAGGUGCCCGUGGCGUUCUUGGGCAAGUCUCAGUCGGACCAGGGGUCCGCUCAGACGUACAAGGCGUUGGGGUCGUCCGACCCGAAAAUUAAGAUUUUGUUCGUGACGCCGGAGAAGCUGACGCUGAACAAGCGACUUCAGCUGAUCAUGGACCAGCUGUACGCCUGUCGCCUGCUGACGAUGUUCGUGAUCGACGAGUGUCACUGCGUGAGCCAGUGGGGCCACGCGUUUCGCCCUCGGUACAAGCAACUGGCCAUAUUGAAGAGGAUGUACCCGAACGUGCCGAUCCUGGCGAUGACGGCUACGGCGACCCCGAACAUCAAAACGGACAUACUGAACAUGUUGGGGCUGAGCGAGAACCCGGAAAACGUGGUGUGCUUCACUUCUUCGUUCGACCGUCCGAACUUGUACUUCGAGGUGAGAAAGAAGACCGACAGGACGCUGGACGAGAUUUACACGUUCAUCACGACGCAGCACCCGGACGAGUCCGGCAUUAUAUACUGCUUUUCCAAGCGCAACUGCGACGAAUUGUCGGAGAAGCUGAAGGUGCUGGGGAUGAGGUGCGACCACUAUUACGCCUCGCUGGACUUGAAGGUUCGGUCGUCGAUUCAGAGAGAUUGGAUGGACGGAAAGCUCCAAUUCAUCUGCGCCACGAUCGCGUUCGGCAUGGGGAUCAACAAGCCCGACGUGAGGUGGGUGAUUCACCACAGCCUCCCCAAGAGCCUGGAGGGGUACUACCAAGAAGUGGGCCGAGCGGGUCGCGACGGCGGCCAGGCGGAGUGUUUGCUGUUCUACCGCGAGGCGGACCGAGUGCUGAUGGAGAGGAUGAUACUGAAGGACCAGUCCGAGGAAGGGGAACACCACCCGUACCUGAUCAUCAAGAACAACAAGGACAAGCUGCACGAGAUGGUCGCCUACAUCCAGAACCAGAGCGAUUGCAGGAGGGGGAUGCUGCUGCAGUAUUUCGGCCAGGUGAACGCUGCUGAGGGAAACUGCGGAAACUGCGACAACUGCCUGAACCCCGCAGGGAGGGAGGUAGUCGACGUGUCUGACGUGGCCAGGGCAGUACUGGAAGUCGUCAGAAAGGUGCCUAGGAGGCUAACCAAGGCGGUCUUGGUGAAGGUCAUCGAAGGGAAAGGAGUGUUGGAGGAGGGCAUCUCGGUCUCGUUGCCAUCUCCAAAGAGGCCGAAGCACAUCGUCGAGAGAGUGAUUAGUCGCUUGGUGAUCGACGGGAAGCUGAACGAGCUCUACCAAAACACGGCGUACGGCAACGCCGCCUACCUCACGCUCGGAACUCGUUCCAGCGUGGACGACUUCGUUCGCGCCGGGUGUCCCAUGCAGUUCACGAUGAGGAUCGGCACGUCCACGCUAGCGUCCGCAGACGCCACGAAGAAGAAGAAGAGCCCCUCCGCCAGCCGAUCGGUCAAAAAGAAUGUCCAGCCGAGCGCCUCGACUCGAACUUUGCAGAUUCGCGGCGGCGGAAACCAACCGCGCUCUAGCCCCAGAAAACCAAGCUCCGACAAAGCCCUAGAAGAAUCAGAAGACGACGUCUUGAUGCUCGCCCUCCCCGAUCCUUGCCACGCCCCUGCGAGAAAGAGUGAAGACCCAAACCAACAAGACAUUCGAAGCAAGCUGCUGGCUCGCCUGAUGCAGACGCGCGCCGAAAUCGAAGAGGAAGAGCGGCACGGAAACGUUCACAAAACCAGAAUCGAAGUCCUCUAUCCCCAGCACUUGAUCGUGAAUUUGGCCAACGCACUCCCUCGCACGCAGGAAGAAGUCGCCAAGGUCGACGGCGUCGGCAACACCAGAGCAGAAAAAUACGGGACGAGGUUCGCUUACCAAAUCGCCAAAUUUUUGAACGAGUAUCCUGAGCUCAAACCCAACGUUGUUUUGGGUACAAGUCCUUAUUUCAAAAAAUCAGACACGCGUUCCUCUGUCCACGAACCACUCUCUCGAGAGAAAGUCAAGAAGACGACAAUCGUAACACCUGUCAACUUGGAAAAUGGCGAGGACCACGCACAAAGCUAUUCUCUCGAUGCAAGUAGAUGUCAGCCCGGCGGCGUUUUUAUUCGCAAGCCGCCCCCCUUCUCGAAAAAGUCGGAUAGCGUAUCACGUCUGUAGUCUUCUCUUGUUUCUCCCCCCUCGACGGCGCUCAGAAGGCACAAAUGGCUUAUAUUUUUUGUAGCAUUUCCUUGUACAUACUAAAAAAAAAAAAUUUUAACUGCUAA